AUGGUGGCGAAAAACACCUUUCGCGGCGGCGUUUCCGAGCGAGAAUUCGACGGCGGCAAGAACAAGAACACCGCGAUUGCUGCUCAUGUUCAUCGAAAUUUCACUUUUACCAAAAAUUUCAUCGCGUCCGCUUUGCUCGCGUUCGUGACUUCCGCGCACGGUUUGCUCACGACGGCGUCUCUCCGGGGAAAAGAAAAGUACAGUUACAACGUCGCGACGGUACCGUUACUCGCGGAAGGGUUGAAGUUAUCGAUAAGUUUUGUUUUGUUGAAAAGGGAGAUGCGUUUGAUGGCAUCGUCGUCGUUGUCGUCAUCGUCGGAGAGUGCGAGUACUAAGGUGGUGAUGACCACGCAAGUGAAAACAGUCAUGUUGUAUCCGAUUCCGAGCUUGAUUUUCUUGUUGCACCAAGCGGUGUCGUUUCCGGCUUUAGUGUUAUUAGAUCCGACGACGUUUCUGGUUUUAGGAAACCUGAAGAUUGUCAUCACUGGGGUAUUAACCAGGAUCUUUUUGAAGAGCACAAGCGCUGGAUGGACGUAUAAGAAGUGGAUUGGUUUGAUCUUGGUCACGGUCGGCGCGUGUACGACGCAAGUCGGCAAGAGCGAGAAGACGGGCGGGAAGUGGAUGUUGUUUCAAAGAUUUAGCGCGUUUGGGUAUUUUUUAGGGAUUGGAGACGCAAUUUUGAGCGCUUUGGGAGGCGUAUACGUCGAGUUUGUAUUUAAAAAGAACAUAAACGAUUCGAUUCAUUGGCAAAAUCUGCAGAUGUACGCGUUCGGGUUGUUGUUUAAUAGCGCGAGAUUGACGUAUUUGGAUUUUAGGAAGUUUGGCGGAUGGGACGAUGACAACGACGAUUCUAGCGGCAAUGAAGCGGUGUAUGCGUGGCCUAUGACUGUGUUUUCUGGACACUCUUUCAUAUCGAUGUGCGUGGUUGCCAAUCUGGCAUUCGGUGGUUUAUUAGUCUCGCACAUUAUAAAAAAUGUAGACGCCAUCGCGAAAGUGUUCGCCACCGCCUGCGCCAUGUUCCUCACGCCGACGUUGUCGUUUAUUUUGUUCGCGCACGUACCAAGCCCAGCCAUUUUUGGUGGAGUUUUGAUUGCCAGCUAUGGUAUGCUGACGUAUUACGACUUAGUUCCAAUUCGGAGCAGCGGGAACUUGAGUAGUAGUAGUAGUAGUAGUAGUAGUAAUAGUGAUAGUAUCGAUAGCAACGAGAAGAAUAGAACUGCGACGACGCCGAGAAGUCGCCGGGGCGUGGUGUUGUAA